AUGUCCCGGCACAUCUACAUCCGGAAUAAGAUCGGCGAGGGCAUCCAGGCGCCCAUCUUUCAGGUGAACCGGGGGACCUAUUCCAGGAGGAGCCGGCUGAAGAGGUCCGAUGGUAGCACCACGUCCACCAGCUUCAUCCUCAGACAGGGCUCAGCUGAUUCCUAUACUAGCAGACCAUCGGAUUCAGAUGUCUCUCUGGAGGAGGAGCGGGAGGUGCCGGGCCAGCUCCAAGGCCAGAGCCCCAGCCAGAGCCAGGGACAGGGUCAGAGCCGGCAGGAGAGGGAGCAGCAGGCCGCCAUACAACUGGAGAGAGCAAAGACUAAAGCAGUGGCCUUUGCCGUGAAGACCAACGUCAGCUACUGUGGAGCGCUGGACGAGGAUGUCCCGGUGCCGGCAACAGCUAUCUCCUUCGACGCCAAGGACUUCCUCCACAUUAAAGAGAAGUUCAACAAUGACUGGUGGAUUGGCCGGCUGGUGAAGGAGGGCUGUGAAAUCGGCUUCAUCCCCAGCCCUCUGAAGCUCGAGAACAUCAGGCUCCAGCAGGAGCAGAAGAGGGGACGAGUCCAAGGUAAGUCUGGAGGGAACUCUUCUUCCAGUGUAGAGGAUGAGGUAUCUGCCUCUAUCCGACCCCUCAUCUCCUCCGCAGGAAAGCAGAAACAGAAAGUGACGGAGCAUGUCCCCCCGUACGACGUGGUUCCUUCCAUGCGGCCUGUUGUGCUGGUAGGACCCUCGCUCAAGGGUUAUGAGGUGACAGACAUGAUGCAGAAGGCGUUGUUCGACUUCCUCAAGCACAGAUUCGACGGCAGGAUAUCUAUCACGAGAGUCACUGCGGAUAUAUCAUUAGCCAAGAGGUCUGUACUGAACAACCCCAGUAAAAGGGCCAUCAUCGAAAGAUCAAACACGCGGUCCAGCUUAGCGGAAGUGCAAAGUGAGAUUGAGAGGAUCUUUGAGCUGGCCCGCUCACUCCAGCUGGUGGUUCUGGAUGCAGACACCAUCAACCACCCGGCCCAGCUCCUCAAGACCUCGCUGGCUCCCAUCAUCGUCCACGUCAAAGUCUCCUCACCAAAGGUCUUGCAGAGGUUGGUCAAGUCCAGAGGGAAGUCCCAGAGCAAACACCUAAAUGUCCAACUGGUUGCAGCUGACAAACUGGCUCAGUGUCCGCCGGAGAUGUUUGAUAUCAUCUUGGAUGAGAACCAACUAGAGGAUGCCUGCGAGCAUCUGGCGGAGUACUUGGAGGCCUACUGGAAGGCCACUCACACUUCGCUGGCUACACCCCUAAACCCCCUACUGGGACGCAACCUGGGCCCCACAGCCCUCACUCCUUACCCUACUACCAUCUCUGGACUCCAGAGCCAAAGAAUGAGACAGAGCAACCAUACAGGAGACCACUCCACCGCCAACGAGCGGCGCAACCUGAUGACGCCGGAUGAGAACUACCACAAUGAGCGUGCUCACAAGGGACGUAACCGCAUGUCAUCCGGCUCGCAACACAGCCGGGAGCAGCAGGACCCAUACCAGGAUUACCAGGACCCCUACCAGGACGCCUACAAGCCACACCGCAACCGCAGUUCACCGGGCAGCUACAGCCAUGACUCCCGGCACCGGCUCUGA